AUGAUUAUCAAACGAAGUAUAAUAAAUAAUAAGAGAUUACUCAUACGACAGUUUUCAUUGGAUCAUAAUGCUUUAAUAAAUUCGAUGACUACUAGUUUCCAAAACUUACAUGAAGUUUCUGGUCUACCUUGGUGGGCUUUAAUUCCGAUAACUACAUUUACAUUAAGAUCGAUUUGGACGUUACCGUUGGCUAUUUUACAAAGGAAAAGAUUACAAAAACAAAGUGAAUUAAGACCAAUAGUGACUGCAAUGCAUCCAAUAUUAAAGUUGAACCUUGCUAAACGAGUACAAAAAGCUAAAGUCGAAGUUGCAAAAAAUCCCGAAAAUUUGAAUCUUCAACAAUUAUCAAAUAUUACUUACGAACAGAUACUUUUAUUGGCUACAAAAGAACAAAGAAAGAGACAAAAGGAGUUAUUUAGGAAAAAUCAUGUACAAAUUUGGAAAAAUUUCAUACUACCCGUGUUUCAAAUACCGUUAUGGAUAAUAAUGUCAAUUACGAUGAGAGAUUUAAGUGGUUGGUCCACUUGGGAUAAUAUAAAGAAUAAACCUUUGGAUCCAUCUUUAUAUAAUGAAGGUAUAUUAUGGUUUCAAGAUUUAACUAUACCUGAUUCAAUGCAUGUUUUUCCAGUUAUAUUAGGUGUCAUAUCAUUAUGUAAUAUUGAAUGGACCGCUAAAACAUUACAAUUAUCAAGAUUAACCAGAAAAUUAAAAUAUAGACCAACUAUAAUAGAUUCAGUGUUUAAUUUUUCAAGAUUAUCAAUUGUUUUCAUGAUGGCUAUUUCGUUAUAUGCACCUGCAUCAUUGACUGUUUAUUGGAUAUGCUCACAAUUUUAUUCAUUAAUACAAAAUAUAGUAAUGGAUUUAGUUAUGCCUAUUAAUUAUGCACCAAAGUCUAGAUUUAAUUUAGCAAAGAAUAAAAACCCAGAAGCAAUAGAUAUUUGUAAAUAG